GCCGUUUUCAAUCCCGAUGACUAAGCUCCACCACACAUUGCACAGAUCGGGCGAAAUUCCUUGGCGUGCCCACCCACUUCGAAUUCUCCAGCGGCACCGGCAAACCGACUCUCUUCCCAGGCGCAAACAUCAGAUCAACACCACCCACCCCAUCAACACACUCCCAUCGACAGCGCAGGCCCAAGAUGUCGGACGGCGAAGUGGAAGUCGAAGCGUCCACCAUCAACUACUCCGUCCUGCCCAAGGAUGUGGUGCAGGAAAUCGGCACCACCAAGCUCUUCAACAAAUGGACCUACGAGGACGUGGAGAUCCGCGACAUCUCCUUGACUGACUACAUCCAAAUCCGACAGCCCGUCUACAUCUCCCACUCCGCUGGCCGCUAUGCCGUCAAGCGCUUCCGCAAAGCACAAUGCCCCAUCAUCGAGCGUCUAACGAACUCGCUCAUGAUGAACGGCCGCAACAACGGAAAGAAGCUCAUGGCCGUCCGCAUCGUCGCCCACGCCUUUGAAAUCAUCCACAUCAUGACCGACCAAAACCCCAUCCAAAUAGCCGUCGAUGCCAUUGUCAACUGCGGCCCGCGCGAAGACAGCACCCGAAUCGGAAGUGCAGGCACCGUGCGUCGCCAAGCCGUCGACGUCUCGCCUCUCCGCCGCGUCAACCAAGCCAUUGCCCUCCUCACCAUCGGCGCGAGAGAGGCGGCCUUCCGGAACAUCAAGAGCAUUGCCGAGUGUCUCGCCGAAGAGCUGAUCAACGCCGCCAAGGGGAGCAGUAACAGCUACGCCAUCAAGAAGAAGGACGAGUUGGAGCGGGUGGCCAAGUCGAACAGAUAGAUGUGUUGCUGCUGGAGGGAAGAGGAGAAGGCUUGCUGCAGCGGUGGAGAGCGGCAUGUCCUGCCAUUGGUGCAGUUGCUGAUCGAGUCAGCCGAGACAAGCUGGCUGCUUUACUACUGCCACUAUUUUGCAGUUUUGUAGACCGUUGAAACAACUCUUUCAAAAGUGC